AUGCCACCCAAGGGGAGAAGAGGACCGUCCGGUCCCUGGGGCAGACUCAAGCCCGUAGUGCAAGACCCCCUAGAGAGCAUAGGGCUGCCCUCAAAAGGCGACAACCGGCUGCUCGAGUUCAGCACGCAGGAGAAGUACUACACCAAGAUCAUGGAGCGGUACAUGGGGUUCUGCUCAGAUGCGGGCAAGCCGGACGAGCUGCUACGGAGGUUCUCCGCCCUCGAGAUCGGCGAGAGCGCCGGACCGUCUGCCUCGCCUACCUCAACGGCCUCCACUGCUUCAUCAGGAGCGCCGCCGACACCUUCACUCAGCCUGUUGCAGAGCCCGGCGAACACAAAGGGCCUGUCGGACGUCAUGAUGGCGCUGCGGAAGCUAAGGGAAGGCAUCGUGGCGUCGAAGCGCGUCGACGACUUCGCCGUGCAGGCCUACCUCUUCUGCGUCCGCCUCUCCGUCCUGGUCAAGCACCCGGAAUCCUACCACCCGGCCAUCCUGUACCUACUGAGCACUCUGCACCCGCAGCAGCCCCUCACCUCGGUCGAGCUACAGGAGGUGGUGGCGUACCUGGUCCUGGACGCCGCGUGCCGGAGGGGCCAGAUGUCGGAGGCGUACUCGAUCCGGCGCGAGUACGGGCUGCGGGACCCCAAGGUCGACGCGGUGCUGGACGCGCUGGCGCACGACAACUACGUGCGCUUCCGGAGGCUGAAGCAGAGCGCGGACGGGCACAGGGCGCGCAUCAUGGACUGGGCGGAGGGGGAGGUGCGGAUGCAGACGCUCAAGGCGGUCGGGAGGGCGUACCUCUCGGUGGACCUCGGGUUCCUGGAGAGCGUGACGGGUGCGAAGUGGGAUGAUCUGAAGGGUAAUGACGGCGUGGGCUGGGAGCUGGAGGGGAGCAAGGUGGUCAUCAAGAAGGUCAGGGCCAGGAGCGACGAGCAAACAAUUGAAAUCAUAGUCAAGGGAGAAGUCCUCAUAGCCCAUCGCAGGGUCCUCGUAGAACACUGUGAAUACUUUGCCCGAUGCCUCAAGGAACCUUGGGUCGAGGGCCACAACGGAUCCAUCACGUUUGACGACAUUGAGCCGCGGUACUUGGCCCUCUUCAUCGGCGUCGCAUACAGCCAUAGCUCCAUCGUACCUCUAGCACCUCCAGUCAGCAGCCCGAACCCGCAGGCUAAGCGCGCCCGGACGCCGCUGCAGGACUUUAUCGAGGUCUACAAGCUCUGCGACCGCUUCGUGAGCCCAAAGAUGGCCGACUACAUUGUCAAGUGUAUCCACACGUCGAUUGGCGACGGCCACCGCGCGCUGUACCGGUGCCCGAGCGACGAGGGGCAGCAGAAGGAUCUGAUACGAGAGUUUGCGGAUGGGUUCGAGGCACUGGAGAUGAUGCACCCGGUCCAGAAGGAGAUUGGGAAGAAGAUGAUUCACUACUUUUGCGAGGGCGUCAGCUAUAACAUCUGGGACAAGGCCAUGGAGGAUGUGGUCUCGGACAGGCCGCGGUUCAUCAGCGACGUGUCGAGAGGGUUUGCAUCAAAGCUGGGAACUAUGGAGGCAACGAAACGUGCGAUGAGGCGGAAGGAGCUCACGGGCCCAUGA